UUGCAUGAACUUUUUCAGGUUACAAAAUUAGCCGGAGCAUACCAACCUCCAGUGAUUGAGGAGAUUCUGUUCCCUAGUCCAGUCGCAUUCAUCAAUUCACCAGACGUGUUCGCAGUUGCGACAAAGGCUCGUUUCAACACAAUAGGCCCUCUGCUAUUCCAUCUGGUUACAGAGUCUCUCUCUCCCACUUGACCACGGACAAAGUUGCCUGCAAUACUUUCCCUGCCCUCAAUCAAACACAAUCAUACAACCGGAGAAGCUGAUUUUUGGCUCCGCACCUGACGAAUCAGCCCCGCGUUUACCCGCCAACUCACCGCAGGCUAUGUCGAAGUUGAAAGAAUUAGACGGCGCGGACUAUAUUUCCAGACUCGGUUCAGUAACACCGACAAAAUCUUCUUUGUCGCAGAUUGGGAAGUCACUAGGCGGACCGGACGGUAACCAUAUCCGGGAGGGACUUGGCAGUUUGAACCGCUGGUCACAGUCCACAGCAUCUAGCAGAAGUUCGCCAGACUAUUAUCGUCGACUCAAUGAAUCUCGAGUGUCUAGAUCCCCAUCCCCGUCCGCCGGUCAUGGUGACUACAGUAACGAUAUUGAGGGCUUGACUUCUAAGGGUCGCAUGGCCCCGGAGACGAAAUUCGAAACGCAUGAUUGUCCCCAGGUGCUAGGAACGUCGAAUAAUGAUGACCGACUGCCCAGACAUAACCCUUUUCAAUUAUCAAUUGCGUCAAGCCAUGGCCUUUCACCACCAUUCUCAGUCGACGUUGUAGCUGGAGCAACAACACAAGGGAUGCAUCCGGCAUCUUCCGAAGUUGCUAGAAUACCCCCCAACUUGUUUCAAAAUCCCUGGAUGAAGGAGCACGAGAUUAAAUCCAAUUUUGAUCAAAAGUCAGGUGGAGACAGUUCUAUUCGCCCCAUCAUAGAGGCACACAGUCCACGUGCACAAGGUCCUGAGGCUUCUCUCGAGGACAGUCCACGGUUAUUUUCUGGACCAGAAAAUGGCCAGGAGAAGAGAAAGCGGGGCCAGUCACAAAAAGCAAUGCUCUCGAAAGCGUUGCAGAAAGCGAACACGGCCGUUCUUCUCGAUAACGCGGCAAAUUUUGAAGGGGCCAUGGAGGCUUAUAAUGAUGCGUGUCAACUACUACAUUUGGUAAUGCUCCGCAGCGAUGGAGGAGAAGAUGAGAAGCUAAAGCUUCAAGAAAUACGAGAUACAUAUAUGAUACGAGUCACUGAGCUACAACGUAUGGACUUUUCUUUCCGCGAUUUGGAUAGUAAAGCCCUCCCCGAACGCCCGCCUAGCCAGGAAUCGUAUGGCGAGUUAUCUCAUUCAAACCAUGACGACAGGAUAGAAUCAUCAUUCGGGGAGGAACCUAUCUCUUUGCAGCGCAGCUCUCAUGCUCGGCCGGUUGAUUUGCCAGAAAGGAUAGCGCCUGAUUGGGAUCGCACAGAACGUCAGUCAUUGUUGCCCUCGCUGCUAGGUGACAGUACUCAGAUUGCAGCCGAAUCAUCCGAUUCAAACAACCGCUUUCUGGCUGGAGCAUCGCGCGGUAUUUUAGAAAAUGAGUCUAUGGGUGCUCCCGUGUCAGAGUCCCUAGUUUCAGGAGUGGAUACCGCAUAUGGUGCUGUCCAGUCUGAUCUGUCCUUAUUGAGCAACCAUGCGAGAGAUGUUAAUGAAUCAACGUCUUGGCUCGAUACUAUUGAUGAAUCCGGUGCAUCUUCCCCGGCCUCUAUGCACUCAGAAGCGUCAUCGCUAUAUUUGCGGCAUAGGAGAAGCUUCCAUCCGGCUGUCGGCACCGAGGCCGAAUUUGAUGCUGCCCUUGAUGCUGCUGUGGAGGCUGCGUAUGAUGAAGGUCUAGAGCCAGCGAUGGAGUUUGGAGAUGACCGUGACAGCAAUGACAUCGUGGCAAAUGCUCGGAGGAAUGUUGAAAUGGCGAAGCAGAAAGUAAGGGAGGCUGAACGGGAGGCUCAAUUAGCAUUAACACGUGGACGAGAAAUGCGGCGGAUACAGGAACAGACAGCGCUCGACAGUGUCAGAGGGCUUGAGUUGGAAUACCUGGAUGAAGAAGCAGAAGAAGAGGAGCGCUUGCUAGAGGAAAUGACUAGAGGCUAUGUGAUGGACGAUUUCGAAUUCGGCAUUCAGUCAAAGUCUGCUCUUCCCCGCCAGUCAGGUUCGGGCACCUUUCCCGGAAAGAUGUGGGAGAGCCUAAAUAGCUCCAACGCCAUGACAGCUUCUGCAACUUUAUCUCCCCUAACGGAAGAUGGGACCCUGUCCCUAGCCGAUGAAAAACCUCCCGAGCCUAGCGUGUCACCCUCUUUAGGCCGUGACGCUCUCUCGGUUUCGACGAAGCCAGCGCUUGGCCCGAUCUCAGCGCCUAGUGUACGAGCACGAAGACUGUCUAGCCAAUAUACCACGGAACUGAAGAUCGAAACAAAUACGGACCCGCUAACUUUCCGACCCCAGCCAGUCCCCAAAGAUGAAAUGGCGUCAAGUUCUGGUUUCCAUCAACAGAGCAGAACAUUGGGCCCUGCUUCUGCUCUACGAUCAGCUUCUCACCCAAACAAACGGAAUGUCUCUGUUGGGUCUUUUAACGAGGACCCUUCGGGUAACGCGGGUCUGGAAAAGGUCUUUUAUCGCGACGACAACGACCCUGGACCGUCGAAACUUCCAUCUCCGACCCGACCCAUCGGUAAAGUGCCUUCAGCUCCGGACAAUCUGGGCAAACUCAAUACAGGCCUAGCAUCUUUCCGGCUGAGAAAUGUAUCGGUUUCGGGACCUGAGCCAUCUGCCGAAUCGCCCAAUACUCCGUCAAGCAAUGCGUUCCCUGCCUUCGAUACGCACAAGGGACCGAUGGCUGCUUCGAUACAAACCAUGCCUACACCAACCGCUACUAAUAUAUCUGCUAACGGCUUGCCGAGUGGAGGACUCAACCUGUUCGAUAGCCAUAUACAUUCGCCCACAAGUCCUGGAUCCCCUAAUCUGAUGGCCGCUGAUGCCCCUCUUCCGUUGGAGCCAUGCCCUGAAUCGUUCCUCCUGCGCCCGUUUUGGCUAAUGCGAUGCAUAUAUCAGACAAUUUCCCAUCCCCGUGGAGGCUAUUUGUCGACGAAGCUGUUCAUCCCACGAGAUGUGUGGCGCGUUAAGAAUGUGAAGAUCAAGGCAGUUGAAGAAAAAGUGUCAAAUUGCGAUUUACUAACAGCAGCAUUACUCAAGCUAGCGAAGGUUGACACUUAUGAUGCCGAUGCUGUUUUGGAGGAAAUGCAAUCAUUGGAGGGUGUUCUUGACCAGGUGCAGAUGUCGCUGUCCAAGAAGAUAGGGAGUGAGGUUGGUGUGCAGGGAGCCAUGCCGCUCUUCAAAUCCGCUCAAGCUUUCGAGGAUACAGCAACUCUCGAUGCAUUACCUUCUAAGCCUUCGAAUGGCCCGAGUAAGUCUUAUCUGACUUCCUGGCGCAAGUUACGUUCCAAGAAUUCCGGGCUUGGUGCUACGACCUCGUUGCCCGCAUCGAAGGAUUCAAGUAAAGACAAUUUGACAAUCAAUACCAUCCCGAUGACGUCUAUGCCCGCUUCACAGCAUUUGAGGCGUAGUACGUCCCAGUUGCAAUACAAUGGACCCAAUAACUAUAUGGGAGCUCUAGCACGGCUCUGUGAUGCGGCUCAAGUACUGGACCAAAUUGCUCAACAGGUUGAAGACCCGGGCCUCAAGCACUCGUCUCCGACGUUAGUCGGUCUGGAAUUGAGCACUCGCCAUGCUGCAGAGUUCUUCGGAUUCUACAUUUGCCGGUUUGCUCUCAACGAUAUCGGCAUGAUGCUUGAUAAAUUCAUUAAAAGAGGCAGUGAGUGGGUACUUAUUUGACGACUUGGAUUUCGUCAUGUAUCUUCGAAAUUUGUCUUUGCCUUCCUAAUAAAACCCAAGACGUGAGGUCUUUUACACUUGUUUCUGCUUGUACACUGUUUAUUUUCUAUAGUAGUU